AUGCGAUGGGGGUUUUGCUGGUUUCAGAAAGGCCAUGUUAAACAAAAGCCUGUCCUUGAAAAAUCUAUGAAAACUUUUGGAAUGGAGACUGAACGGUCAAACUUAUUGGCUGUUGCCAAGAUAGUUGUGAGAGAUCUGAUACAAUAUACAUAUGGUCGACAACAAGUGUCUUUUGACGAAACGUUUUUUUCGAUUAUACCCGGAAAUGUCCAUAAUGGUGAAGUUUCAAAUAUUGUCUGGCUACUACUUUGUGUUAUUGAACACUGCCUUUGUCAUGGAUUGCGCCACGAAUACACCACCACUAAUUCCGCUUAUAGUACUCGUGAAGGGACUAUGGCUAAGGAAUUUUUAAGGAGCACUACAAGUGUUAUUCGACGAGCAUGUGAUCAUGUGGCAUCUACUGCAAAUAGCUUCGUGAAACAGUCAUCUUACCCGAAUCCCUGGCCAGUACUUUUAGAAGUUGAAAAACUGUCGGCGUUUUCGAGUGUAAUUAGUAGUACUGUUGUUACAAUGGCUGAAAUAAAGACUGGGAUGGGUCUUUCCCGCGUAUGGCUUAGACAAGCUUUGAUGCGAAAGCAACUUGGCGAAUACAUUCAAGUAAUGAUUGAUUAUAUUGGUACUCACAGUUCGGAUUACAAAUCGGAAGAUUCUUCGAAAGAUUGUGAGUCUAACUCAAAAUCAAAUGCAGCACAAAGGUUUAAUUUAUUUACUACAUUCUAUCAACCCGGUGCCUUGCUUUUAAAUAAUGAGGGGAUUGUUUUAUCUGGACUAAUAGCAAGCUUAAAAUCCGUCGACUUUUGCUUCAUAUUGAAAGACAAUUUGUCCUACAUGGACAGACCGUUGCAACCCAUACCAUAUCAUGUAUACUUACAAUAUAAUUUGGAUAAACUUGAAAAACUGUAUUCAAAAGUGAAUUUAUUUUCUCAAGUGGAUUUGUCAGUGUCAAUUGAACAAAAGAAUUUUCUGGAAGACUUAUGCAACAAAUUGAAGAAACGUAUUGAUCGAGAAAAUGCAACUAAUCGGAAACUCAACAUGGAACUUACAGAUCUCUCUAAGCAGAUGGAAAGCAUGAAACUUGAAAAUCAAAGUUUAUCUAUUGCUGUAGCACAGUUAAAAAAAGAUAAAAUUGGUUUAACUACUAUACAAUCAGAAAAUGUGGAAGUAAUUAAUCGAGUGAGUCAAUUAGAAUCAGAGUUGAAGCAUUGUCAAAAGACAAAUGAAGAAAAUUCUGAGCUUAUUGAAUCUCUCCGAAAUCAUUUGGAUGAAUCGAAUAAGCGUUGUAAACAGUUAACUCGAUAUCUAUCUGAUUCUCAGUCCUCACUUGAUCAUAAAAAAACUGUGAUUAAACAACUAGAGGCGAAAUCUAAAGGUAUGACGAGUAUUAUUGAACAGAUGAAAGAAAGAAUAUCCAAUCUGAGUAAUGAUAAAGUUUCUCAGGAACGAGAUCUGUCCAUUUUACGUGAACAGCUGGCCAACCUACAGAUGAAAUAUGAUGAGCAGUCGAGAGUAAUUGAAAACCAAGCAGAUCAAAUUGAAAGUUUGAAAGGUGAAUUGCAUCAAAAAACUACACAAUUGAAUGAAUUGAAAGUUACUGCUGAAGAGUUGCCUGCCUGUAAAUCUAAUAUUAAAGAGUUAACGAAACAGCUUACUAUAUGGCGUAAACGAUGUGAAGAACAAGAAUGUAGCCUAUCUGAAAUGGCUGAAAUUGUUAAUUCAACUAAACUUGAAGCUGAAAGUCUUCGUGAAUCACACAAUGCAUUUAAAGAUGCUCAAUGGGCAAAUGAUUCAGAAAAUCCCGAAUGUGCUCGAUGCCAGAGUGCAUUCAGUGUCAGUCGUCGUCGGCAUCACUGCCGUAACUGUGGACUUAUAUUUUGUCACGAAUGCUCUUCUCGAAAAAUGACCUUACCAAGUUCUUCCAAACCUGUACGAGUCUGUGAUAACUGUCAUGCAUUGCUUUUACACAGGUACAAUGCUAAAUGA